AACCCCCUUGCAACCUUCUCCGUCACAGCGGACGCAGACUGAAAAGCCUCCGGCCGCUUCCUCAUGACAUCACAUGGUCUCAGAAUGACUUCUCAGACAUUCAUCUGUGAGGCAAGGCUUCCUAAACACAGAGCGCGCUCACUGCUCUGUUGAUGCUGAGAGCAGAAAAAGAAAAAGGAUUCAGUUUCUUUUCUACAAGGAGCGUGCAACCAAGUCCAUUCAUAAGCCGCAAAGUUAUCAGUGAUCUCAUCACCUGACGCCGCUUCCUGUCUCCGUCGUCAUGGCGACUCUGAGAGCCCCAGAGCACUAAAAACAAGCCCCAGUAAGGAUGGCUCAUGUCUGAUCCCACUGAAAUUCAUGCCAAUUCGACACAGCGCUUGGGGAAGAAAGUAGUCCCCGACAUGGAGGAGGAGGAGGAGGAGGAAGGCAGGGUGAACGGCGGCGGACCGAACCAAGGGAGGAGGAACUCCGACUGGGGGCGGAUCGCCCUGCUGGACAAGACCAAGGAGUUCUUCCAGACCUGCGACGUAGAGGGCAAAGGCUGUAUAUCCCGCACUGACAUGAGGAGGCUCCACAGACGGCUGCCUCUGUCCGCCGAGGAGCUGGAGGAUGUGUUUGAUUCCCUGGAUACAGAGCGCGCCGGCUACCUCACGCUGGAGGCAUUUUCCUCCGGAUUCAGUCAAUUCCUGCACGGCCGCAGGAUCUCUGUGGCCGACAAUCCAAAUCAGGCCCCCGGCCCCGCCGUCAGGGCAAAGGAAGCCCUUUAUCAGAGCCAAUGGGACGCCAAGCUGUCCGGGGUCGAAGACGAGGAGGAGGAGGGGCACUUCUGUAUGCUGCUGGAGAGCCUGGGGGCCGGCAAUGUGUUUGAGGAUCCGGGCGAGGUGCGCAGCCUUUGGGCUCAGCUCAGGCGGGAUGAGCCUCACCUCUUGUCCAAUUUCGAGGAGUUCCUGGCCAGGGUCACACACCAGAUAAAAGACGCCCACAAGGAGAAGAAGGAGAUGGAGAGCGCCCUACAGAGGAAGGCCGCAACGCACGACAGCGAGAUCCGUUACUUAUACGAAGAGAUGGAGGCGCAGAUCAAAAACGAGAAAGACCGGCUGGUGCUCAAGGACGCGGAGCGCCUCCAGGUGCGCAGCCACGACCUGGAGCAUCAGCUGUCCUCCAAGGAGAGUGAGCUGGAGCAGCUGUUCCAGAAGCAGAAACGGUUAGAACUCCAGUGUCACGAGCUCCACAGCGAGAAGCAGGAGAGCACCGUGGAGAACGUCAAGCUGAAGGUGACCAACGACGAGCUGUGCCGGGCGCUGGAGGGCACCAGCCAGGAGCUGGGGCUGGCCCAGGAGCAGCUGGCCCUGCUGCAGGAGCAGGCCGCCCGUCUGCAGCAGGAGAAAGAGAUGGAAAUGUACAGAGUGACGGAGGGACUGCAGAGAGAGAAGCAAAGUCUCCAAAAGCAGCUCGACCUGCUCAGAGAGAUGAACAAGCAUUUGAAAGACGAGCGAGACAUAUGCUGCGGCGUACCCCGGAACUCACUCAGAAAGAAGCAGAAGCAGAGAACAGGCCUCGCCAACAUAUUUGAUGACGGCAGCCAGCCAGUAAAAAGAGCCCCACUGUUGGUGGACGGGUCCUACCAGUCUCUGGAGGCCCUGCCUAUAGAGCACCUUCAAAUCGUGUUUGUUUCUCCCUCUUCGUGUAGUGAAGAUGACGCCCCCCCCUCCUCCUCCUCCUCCAUCACCACCACUACCACCAGUACCGCUGCCACCGUUAGCACCCCCGCAUGUCAACAACGCCCCGCGGGGAAGAAACACACCGGAUUAGCCAACGGCUACGCCAACCCCGCCCCGUCCAAGGCGCACGACGCGAAGCCAAAGGCCAAAAAAUCCGCCGGAAAGAUGGCCGCCACCAAGCGAGUGACGGCCAAAGACCGAGCGAAGAGGGUGGAAGUGAAGAAGAAGACCGGGGCGAAGGAGGAGGUCCUGGACGCCCCUCCCGACGGGUGGCCCCUACGCCGGGUUAUCUCCAUCGAGGAGGACCACCUGCCCCACCUGCUCCAGGGGGGGCCUCAACCUUUACUGCACCAGCUCAGCGAGGAGGAGGACGAGAUGGCCGAUGAGGAGGAGGAGGAGGAGGAGGAGGAGGAGGAGGGAGCCCAGAGUGACCUUGAAAGCAGCGUCGUCCCGCCCCCGAGUCACGUCCCCGUGUCGGCAGAAGCCCCCCCAGCCAGGAAGUCCCGCGUUAAGAAGACGCCCAUGUCCCCUCGGGGACAAUCGGUGGGAAAGGAGACGCAUCAAAACGCGAGAGAAGCGGCGCCGUUCGCCCCGGACCGCCUAUUCAAAGUGGUGCUGGUCGGCAACUCGAGCGUGGGCAAGACGUCCCUGCUGCGCUCCUUCUGCGAGGGCCGCUUCCGCCCUUCCACCACCGCCACUGUGGGUGUUGACUACAGUGUGAAGACACUGACACUGGACAACAUGCAGGUGGCCAUGCAGCUGUGGGACACGGCGGGCCAAGAGAGGUACCGCAGCAUAACCAAGCAGUUCUUCCGCAAGGCCGACGGCGUGGUGGUGAUGUACGACGUCACUGUGGAGGAGAGCUACAGAGCCGUGCGGCCGUGGCUCAGCAAUGUCCAGGAAGCGGCAGGAGAAGGGAUCCCCAUCCUCCUCUUGGGCAACAAAAUGGACAUGGACGGAGACAGGGAGGUGUCCUUCAAAGAGGCCGAGCAGCUGGCUCGCGAAAACAAGGUGAUGUUCUUCGAGGUCAGUGCCUACACUGCCAAGAAUGUGACGGAGUCCCUCACACGCCUGGCCAGGGUGCUGAUGGAGCAGGAGGACAGGGUGAGGGAUGCAACAGUCAUCCUGACUGCUCUGCCCCUGAAGAAGAAAGCCUGCUGCAAGUGAGGCUCGGGAACUCGAGUUCAGAACCCAGGUGUUGGGUCGCUGAUCGCGGGGCGCCGCAAAGAAACCGCGCGCGAGCUUCAUCGUAGAAGCGUCUCCGUUUUGUCCUUUGUCCACACGGAGGACAUUUCUGAGGAGGCUCCGUCAGAGGGGGAGCUCGUCUGAAGCAGCCAUUUCCUGUACAAAAUACCGUGUGGCAUGAAAUCACAGUAGUGUUGUCUAACGGAUUUAAAAUAGAAACUUGAUCUGUUUUUUGAUUACUUUACCGUCACCUUAGAGAUAAAUCUUAUCUACAGUUAGUCGUAAAAGAAUGCUAGCAUAAAAGUGUUACUUUGUAUUGGUUUUGUGUAUGUUAAUGUAGUUAUAAUUUGUAUUUAAACUGAGCUGAAUUAUUAAAA